CUAUAUUCUUACGCAACACCCACACAUGCAAAAUCCACAUGCAAGGUUAAUAAGUCAGUAGUGAUUUCUUUCUCCCCGGUGCCACCAUGAAGCUUUACAUCAUCAUUCUACUGUGUUCUCUGUUCCGUAUCACACGACAGUUGAAUCAACAAGAUCGCUGUGUGUGUGAGCUGACCAACAAAGAAAAGGUAUUCCCUCACGAGACCCUCAACUCCGUGAAUGACGAGGCAUCAAAAUGCUCUCUCAAAGUCACCCCACAGAAGGCGCUGGACCUUGAAAGUCUGCACUUUGGUUUGGAUUUCCGUCUGCCACAACUGCUAAAAGAUCUUUCCAUACUGGAGAAUGAGAAUGAUGAAGCGCUAUAUGGAGUUGUCAGCCUUCAGGUGAUAGAGAAUGAACUGAUUGAGAUCAAAAAUAUGGUGGAGAGGCUGAACAAAACCACACAAGGACACAACCACAUUACUGAUGAGUCUGGCAGACAGCUUUUGCACCUGAGAGACGAGCUGCAGGAGUUGGAGCAAUAUGACACCUUACAGGUUGAAAAGAGACGAAAAGACAACAUGCGUUUGAAGAGAGCCUUGGAUGACUGCAAGAAUAGCAAUGACCUCAAUACACAGCCUACAAUUCAGCCUUACGGUGUCUGUCCCCAUGGCAAGUUUGUGAACAUUACAGGGCCUAGAUUUUACUCAACAGGAGAAGCUCCGAGCAACUACAAGUAUGGAGGUUGGGGCCGUGACCCCAAACCUGCAUCGGGGAAAGAGAACUGGUAUUGGCGAGUGCUUCUCACUGUAAGCAACAUAUAUGCCAACAAUAUCAAUUUUUACUCCAGCCUCAGCUCUCUCACUGUAGGAGUGAAGACACCAGAUAAUGCCCUGAUCCAUCCUGCCAAUCCAACCACCAACACCAUUCAGGGACCAAAUGUUGUUCUAUAUGGCGAGGCCUUGUACUACAAUUGUUAUAACAGCUAUCGUGUUUGCCGGUUUAACAUAACAUCCAAAACCAUUUCCGACCUACAAUUACCCAAAGACACCAGGUUUAACUCAAAGGGGAAUUUCUGCCAUUUAGACCAAUGCUACGUAUAUACUGACAUUGACCUUGCAACAGAUGAGUCUGGCGUGUGGGUCAUCUAUUCUACCGCCCAAAACUUUGGUAACCUGGUGUUGUCCAAAGUGGAGGAAGGAGAUCCUCCCAUUAUUAACCAAACUUGGCACACCUCGGUGUAUAAGCAGGGAGUCACCAACACCUUCAUGGCCUGCGGCAUCCUCUACGCUACACGUUAUAUAAACAAGCAGAUAGAAGAGAUCUUCUAUUCAUAUGACACCUUAACUGGAGUUGAGAAGUUCAAUCUUGGCAUUUUUAUCGACAAGAUGUGUCCUGACAUUAACUUCCUGAAUUACAGCCCAGUCGACAAGAUGUUACACAUCCACUGUGACAGCUACAUGGUCUCCUAUGAGGUUUUGUUUGAAUAAAUACCAGUUAAAUCAAAAAUAUAUGAGUCGAGGAGCCUGAUGAUGAAGUUACUACGCAAUGCAUACAGAUAUGUGCCAUUAAAGAAAGAAAGAAUGAUUACAUACAUUGCUGUUUAUCAAGUGUUGGAAUCAGAUUCAGUUCAAUGUUGUUAAAUCAACACGUCAUGGUGGCCGAGUGCUUUGCACGUCUGCCUCACAAUUCUGCUAUCAAUGGUUCAAUCCCAGGCUCCAGCCUUCCUGUGUCUAGUUUGGAUGUUCUCCCCGAACACAUGUGGAAUUUCUGGGGGUGGGGUAUUCCUGUUUCCUCCCACACUCCAAAAACACGCAAGUUAGACUGAUUGAACACACGAAAUCAUCCCAAAGUAUGUGUGCAUGCGUGAAUGUUUGUUUGCCUGUAUAUGGCCUGUGAUUGGCUGGCAACCAAUUCAGGGUGUACCCUGCCCACUGAAUUAAUGUAUAUUUAAAUCAAUUUGAAUGUUUUCUUUACCUUAGCAAAUGUUGCUGCAAAAUGUGUAUCAAUUCACCUUUGUAUUUGUUGCAAACAACCUUUCUUGGUGCAGAAUCAGAAAUAAAUAAACUUUAAAAUGUCUAU